AAGCACGCUCGCACGUGUUUACAAAACGCUUUCGCAUUUUGCUGGAGGCUUAAAGAUUCGAGCAACCCAAGAUUUCGAAGCCACAUCCGACUCUACCGCCGAUCAAGAGUCACCGCAAUCGGUAGGUUUAUAUAAGAGAAGAUGAAUGGAGAAGUCCCCAACAUUAAGAAAUGGGUGGUUUUCUAUGCUGUUUAUAUUAAUUCGAAGAAAACGGUAGCCGAGGGAAGGAGAAUCAGCUUGGCUAAAGCAUGUGAAAAUCCCACUUGUGCUGAAAUCGCUGAUUGCUGCAACCAUCUCAAAGUCCCUAAUGCCAUCGAGAUUGACAAGGCAUAUCCUCGCGAUUUCAUGCAAAGAGGGAGAGUGAGGGUUCAGUUGAAAAAGGAGGAUGGGACUCUAUGCAAUCCAGCCAUUCCUUCAAGGAAACAGCUGAUGCUCCAAGUUGCGGAGUUGGUACCUAGACAUCCGGGGAGGACGAAGAAGCAGGAAGCUCCAUCGACAUCGAGUACUGCUGGAUCUUCCAAGUCCGGGAAGGGCGGCAGAAAAAAGCGAUAGCUCUGUUACUCCCUAGACAGCAGAAGGUCAUGGUUUUCCCUUGGAACGUUUUAAAUUUUGCCAUUGAGCUAAACAUCUUCAUAUGGUUUACCUUUUCAUUUAUGGUUAUCUGAGCGAGCUUUGGAGAUGUUUACAAACGAAUUCCUUAGAUUCUUGAUAGUUUAAUCAUUGAACCCUUGAACUUUAGGUUUUGGUUUAUCAAAUGCAGCUCCCAUGGCGUAUGCUUGUUAAACUAAGGCUCAAGUAAAUGAUUUGGUUCCCGAAUUUGUCACUUUUUUCUAA